CGCCCACCACAAAAUGGCGGCCACACCCUGAGGCGCUGCUCGAGUCCGCGUCUCCAUUAGCUGGUUUAGCACACGUGAUCCAGCGCCAGGCGCUGAUUGGCCAGUGCCCUGAGGCGGCCUUGCACGCCGGUGAGACGAGGAACCGCGAAGCCGCUGCCCUGAGGGCUCUGUUAAGAUGGCGGCCGCAGGGCCGCAGCUGACAUGGGAUAUUACACCAAAAAAUGGCCAAGAAGUAUUUUUCUCCCAUGAACUUUAUGAAAAAUAUUCCUUGUCUCCGAGCCUCUCUGAACUCUGGCAUUUAUCAAACAGAGAGGCAAAGAAAAAUGUGGAGGCAUUGACAAACUCAUCAGAAAACAGACCGACUUGUAGCAUGCAGGCUCCAGAUUCAUUUGAGGUGGAAAAAAGCCCAGCUAAUGAUCAUCCUCUUCCAGAACCCAGAUUCCCCUAUCCAUUUACCUCUUGUUUGUCUGAGAAGGAGCAGAAAACAUACUUGUAUCUGAUGACCAAGUUCUCAAAAAAAAGAAACCAUUUCCAGGUUAAUGCAGCAAGUCAAAGGGAAUUUUUCACAUAUAUGCAAAUGAAAGAAGUAGUAAACAAUGAAAUUGCAGAAUUUAUGAAAUUUGCCCAAAACGCUGCAAAAAACUGUGCCCAAGAUUAUGAUGCCAUCUCUGAAGAUGCACUACAUUAUACUGAGGAAUUGCUGCGUGUGUGUAUUGGACAUGUGCAGAAGUACCCAGAGUUUUACACCCUCCAGGAGAUCAUGAGUAUCAUGGGAGGAAAGUUUCAUACACAGCUGACCUUUAGGCUGGAAAAAAAUCUUCUUGCAAUGGGUACAGCAAGACAUGGUAAAACAGAUUUCCCUUCCAUGCCUGUUCAGCUGCCCACAGAUUAUAGCACUGUUACGUCUAUUAUAACCCCAGAAAAAAAGGCUCAUGUUAUGCAUAAUGAUAUUAGUUCAGAUUCAAAUGCAGAAAAACUUGCUUUGAAAUACUGUCCUCAAGUUGUUUUAAGUAAUCAAUCAUUAUUUACUUUACUGAAUAAUCAUGGACUAAACUACAAGGAACAGUGGGAAAUUCCAGUUCGUGUUAAAAUGAUCACUGUUGCAGGUAGCAAACCAGCUAAAGUGGUUUAUGUUGAUUCUCCUCUGCUGAGAAAAGAAAUGACAGUAAGAGAGAGGAAUCAAAUCUUCCAUGAAAUUCCAAUGGAUUUCCUAGCAACUAAAACAUCUUAUGUUUCGAUUUCUGAUGUAUCGAUGGACAAACCAGCUGAGGACAAUCUGUUUCAGUGGGAUGGGUGUGCUGAUACCUACCAGCGCAGGACAGUUCCUCUUCCAGAUGACACAGGGAUGGACUUCGAUGAUGAUGUUACAGAGCUUGAAACUUUUGGAGCAGCUACCAAGCUCUCAACAACUUCUAAAAUGGAAAGUACUUUUCCUGCAGUUAAUAACACUGCUAAAAUUUUAUCUCAUGGCCUGAAAAUGGGGGUGAAAGAUUCAUCUGCCAUAAACAGUGGAGAUGAAGAAGAGAAAAACACCCUUUCUGAGCAAGAAGGUUCUGCAUGUGCCAGUGUGCAGCUUCCAUCAUUAGAUGGCAUUCCAUGCUUCAGCCCUCAAGAAAAUUCACCUUGUAAAAGCUUUCAGUCAGUGGAGGUAGGACUGAACAAAGCACAACGUAUCAUGAGCAAGGAAGUGUUGGACAAUGAAACAAAAUUAAAUCCUCUGUCUAUUGCUCUGAGUUCUGAGAAAGAGCCUGAUGCUGCACAGAAGAAAGAGAUUUGCACUUCUUUAUGCAGUAGUGACACAGAUGAAGAGCGUUUGAUAAUUGAUACAGAAUGUGGAACCACUGCUUGUUGCAAACCAGCUGUACCAACCGCUGCUUCUUGUACAUCAGCAGAGACUGCCAGAUGUCGUUCCCCUACCCAGAGUCCUUUAGCAAGCAUCACUGACUGCUCAGAUACCAUGGAUCAGGGGAAAAAAGCCUCCAAGAAACCUCCAAGAAAGUUAUUCAAAGAAUUAGAUCCUGUCGGGCAAAUUUUGAAAAUGCAAACCGAACUUCUCAAGUCCCAUUCCCAAAAAGCUCAGGAGCCAGUGGUAAGCUGUGAUAAUUCUAAUGCUCUGCCAGCCCAGGUGCCUCAGUCUCCAAAAACAUCGGUGACCUCCAGCACAGAAACUGUGCCAGCCCCAGCCUCCAAUCCUGCCAGCUCCUCUAGAAAUACCUGGACUUGGCUUUUUGAGGGAGUGCAAAAGAGAAAGCUGCCAAGUGAACUUCAGCUGCUUGAAGAAGACCCUUCAGAGUAUCAAGCACCUGAGGAAGGCAAUGUUGUGUACAAGCUCUUCAGUUUGGAUGAUCUGUUGUUACUCGUGCGUUGCAGUGUGCAGAAAGUCAAGUCACUGCCACGAUACCAGAAAAAGAAAAGAGCCCAAAAGCUGACUCCCAUAUUCCUGUUGCCAAAACUUGAAUACCAAGCCUACUACGGUGUUGAAGUUCUUACAGAAAGUGAGGUGUGCCAGCUGUGGACACAGAGUAUGCUGCAUUCUGAAUGCUUAUUUUAUAUUGGACAUAUUGAUGCUUUUACAUCAAAGCUUAUUAUGCUAGAAAAGAUUUCUCCAGAAACUUUAAGAGAAAAGCUUGGAUUGAUUAAGCCUGCAAAUUCACUGAAUAUACUUCAUCAUAUUUUGAAGAAGGUGUCUGAUUUGGAGGAGGGCUCUUACUUAUUGACUCAUGCUGGAGGAGAUUCAUCAGUUGCAAUUUACAAGAGUUCUCUUGACAAGACCACGAGAUCAUCCUAUAACUUGCACAAAGCUCACUGUGAUCUGCCUGCUGUGCCUGCCACUCUCUCGGUCCCAUGGGUACCCCUAGAUCCCAGCCUCCCUUUGCCCUACCACAUAAGUCAUGGAAGAGUUCCAUGCACCUUUCCACCUGCACCCCAGGAAGGGUGGAAACAGAAGAUGGCUGGGGUGAAAGGACAAUCGGACACACCCCAUGAGGGAAAGCCAGUAGCUAUGGAAACAAAAAGCAAGCCAGCUAAGCCUGUUAGAAAUGAAGGUGUGGCUCCAAAGAAGCUGAGGAAGAAUUUCUGCAAGCAAAGAAAAGUGAAGAAAAAGUGGAAAGCUAAAUUCAACAAAACGCAACUGAAGUAGGAAUAAGCCUGGAGAAGAAGAGGAAACAAAAAAUCUGAGGUUUCUUGCAGCUUCAGAGGAGCCAGAACAAGCUGGCAGAGGAAAUGGCUCUAAUAGCUGAAGCAUUCUCUAAACCUUUAACCCUUUCGUUUCUCAGGGUACAUGUUUCAAGUGAAAAUCUCAAAUUCAGUCAGACAAAAAAAGGAUGUGGCUGCAGCCACUUGGCUGGUUAUGGGGAAAAGAGUAUCUUUUGUUGGUCUGGUGAUAUUUAUAGAAAAACCGCAUCUUGAAGAGUGAAGAAGUGGCUGACGGCAACCUCUGAUACCACGUAACGAGAAAAAUAACUUUCCAGUUUUCCCAGUUUUUCCAGGUUCACUACGCAUUUUUGUUCUCACAUAUUUUAAAUAUACAUUUUAUUUUCUGCAUUGUCUAUAAGGGGAACAACUUGGAUUUAAUUGUUUGUCUUUUUUUGACAUGUGUUGUCUACCAGCUUUUAAAUGACUUACAAAAACAUAUUUUUCUUUUUAGAAUGGUGUAACAAAUGAAGGACAAAAGCUGUGUUUAUUUGAAUAGUAAGGGCCAUAGAUUUGCAUUAGGAUACUUACAAGUACAGCUAAACAAGUAAAGUAAUAACAGAAGAGCUGCUUUUUUGCAUGUUUAAACUGCUAUCAAAAAAAAGUAGAGGUCUUAAAGGUGUUCUUCAAGUCUUUUGUUUGGACAGAGGAAGUUACCAAGUAUACAUCUGAUCAAGCAUUCUUGUUCUUACUGGGACUUGAUAGGAUGUGUUUUAAUGUCAUGAGGGUAAAAAUAAAUUUUAAAAUUGUUUACUGGAGUAUACCCGUUAAAAAAUCCUGAAGGUAUGGAUUUUUUUGAAAGCGGGCUUCAAUAAUGAAUGUAUAUUAAAAAUUGUUCUCUGUGAAAUACAAAGCAUUUUCUGAUGUGGGUUUUUUUCCAACUGUUAAGGUAUAUUUAUUCAGUUACUCACUUUAUUCUGUUUUUGGACCACUGCUUGUUGUAUCUGCAGUAAUAAGCUAUUGACGAGCUGAACUUGUGUUUGCAAUUUACAAAUAGUUCUGAUUUAAAAUCCUAAAUGCCCUUAGUGACUUCUCAUAAUAGGAAUAUUUUAGCUGUGAGUCAUUUUUGCCAGAUAACUGACUCUGUCUGGGGGAUUCAAGGCAGUUUUCAGUUUGUAUAUAUAAAACUUUUUGCCGGACUUGUAUGGAAUUUGGUUUCCCAAUGUGGUGUCAUGUGGCAGAAAUAUAUUGUCUAUUUGUUCAUCUCUCUCUAUGCCUGUUACUGUACACCACUAUAUUACUAAUGAGAGUGUACUAAUUAUAGAACUGUAAUGGAGCAGCCUGGGCUGCUGCUGCUUGGCAUUAUUGCAGGACUUACCUCUGCUAAGGCUCCUGCAAUUCUUUUUGGCCUGGUCAUGCAGGCUGUCCAAUUCUCUCUGAGUAGUGAUUCAUAUGUCCCCUCUGCCUCCCUCUUCUCCACAUUUGGUGUCAACUGCAAACUCAGGGAAAACUGAUUCCAUUACAUUAUCCAGCUGAUGUAAAAAUACUUAGCAGUGCUGGACCUGAGAAGCUCUGUCCAUGUCCAGCUCAACUGAUUCAGCUUUGAGCUACAAACAGCUUCACCAGGAAUGGAAGAAAGCCUCUGAGAAGGUGUUACAUGGCUGUGUGAGACCACUGUUGGAUGUCUGGUUCUCUCCAUUCACUGGUGUUUGUUAGGAGAUGAAAUUGAUGGCUUUGUAUUGUGUUCAGACAGUCUGAAGCUGGUUUUGGAGGACUGGAGGUGACGUUCUGACCUGGCAUUUGAGGUGACUGGUUGGCAUAUGUGUAAAUCCGUGGAACUUUAUCAGUUCUUUAUGGUAGUGAAUUGGUUAUUGGCUGUGAAAUCUGACUCUUAUUUCUGUAGUAAUGAGAGUUUUAAACUUCAUUUCCACUAUGCACUGAUGAACUGCUUCCAUUCUCAUAUGUGACUGGCUAAAUCUCUUCACCUUUUCUGUCUGACUGCAAACACUCUUCGGAAUACAAUAGAAGCUGUCUAUGUAAAAUAUAUUAGGAAAAGAUUUGCUGCAUUUUUUCUCUUCUAAUGUCGCCUAGCAGCUGGAAGCACAGAAAACUGGGACCAAGUGACCAGUCAUCCAUUCUGGUGCUGGAAGGUGGGAGAUGUCAACAGCAAGGGACUCUCCCCACCUCCAUGCUGUGAAGUUCAGUAGCAGUUACUGAGCCAUUUGAAGAGGUAUUUCUUUUGAUUCUGAUUUGUUUGCUCUGUGUUUUAAAUAGCAGCCUGUUUCCAAAAGAAUAUAAAAGUCAGUUCACGUGUAGUUUUCAGAAUGCUUAGUGCUGACCUGCAUUUAAGUUUGCUUUUAGUUCUGUUGGUAGAAAUUGCACCAUUUUCAGUCUCUUCACCUGUCAAAGUCUGACUGCGUGUGUAAUGUUCUCAGAUGCUUCUCUGAGAAGUUAUAUAACUAAGCUACUUCUUAAUAAAAUGUCCUUUCCUAUAA